AUGAGAUUUCAAGGCGUGUAUCGCGUCAGCGGAACCCCAGUCUAUCCUUCACAACACGUGGCAUGUGCAGCUGUGUUUUCCAAGAGCAAGGACGGAAAUCGUGAAGAUGAGAAUGCAGAGAGUUCCGGUAUCAAGCUUUGGCAUGCACGUCUAGGGCAUGUAAAUACGGACAGUAUCAAGGAGCUAUCUCGUGUGGAAGCUGUCCGCGGCCUUGAUUUGAUGACGCGGAAGAGUAAGAAAGGAGCGUGUGGCAGUUGUGUUAAAGGAAAACAGACCAAAGAAAUACUGCGUACAAAUAAUUCGCGGUCUGACGAUCGGUGUGCAGUAGUUCAUACAGACGUCUGUGGGCCAAUGUCCGUCCCAUCGUUCUCUGGCGCUCGAUAUUUUGUUUCCUUUAUUGACGACUACUUGCAAGAGAAGGGAAUCGAACACACGACAUCUCCACCAUUUUCUCCGAAUCACAACGGAAUCGCUGAAAGAGCCAAUCGUACUAUUGUUGAAUGUGCUACGACUAUGCUGGAACACGCAUCUCUACCAAAAACAUUUUGGGCUGAGGCAGUUGUACACGCGGCAAAAAUUCGAAACAACUUCUUUUCUCCAAGGAAGGGCAGGAAGACGUCGUAUGAACUUAUGUGCGGUCGCGUCCCAGAUGUGUCCUAUUUUCGGAUAUUCGGAUGUCUGGGCUGGCGUCAAAUUCCAAAAGAACUCCGCCGAAAGCUAGACGUUAAAUCCGAACUGGGGAUAGUUGUCGGCUGCCUAGAAAAUAGGCAGUCUAAGUUAGGGAUACCCUCAAGAAGGGUUGCGGUACUGUCGAGGGACGUCAUUGUACACGAAGAUCAUUUCCCUGGAGAAGACCAAGUUUUAGAAUGCCCAGAUUCUGCACCACCCCUUGUUGAUGAAGGAAACACAAAGGGUAAGAAGAGAAGUGUCUCUGCCGGAAUUUUCGGGUCCCCCAGGGCUGUUUCCGCCCCAACUGGUCCCACAGGAAAUCCUGGCAGUGAAGAAAUGGCGGAGAUACCACAACAUGAACCGGUUCUGUCAGGCGAGCAGCUUGAGGCACUUACGUACUAUCCUGAGAAACCAGAUGUGACCAGCAGUGACACCGAAGAACCCGAAAGGACAGACCAAAGUGGACAGCCUCGUUACCCCCGCCGUGAACGUCGGCCACCACUGCCGUACUCUCCACAGGCGAACAUAGCAAGUGCUUUUGCGAUGAUGGAUGCUGUAGCAUAA